AUCGUCAGGUCUACAAUGAUCUUCGCUCUCGUCCCACUUUCUGCUCUCGGUGCCGGACCUGAGAUCACCAACAACAUGUAUGCUCCCCACAACUGCGUUGGUGGAUCUGAGACCUCCUGCCUUCCUUCCCCGGGAGAGCUCAGUGGCAUGUUCGCUGAUCCUUCCAAGGCUGGUAUGGGAUACACCGUUCCUGCUCCUUCCCACUGGUACAGGGGAACUGCCGCCUUUCUCUAAGUCUGAGAACCUCAAAACCACAAAGCGUGAUUGGGAUUGAAAUGCCAAGUUG